CCUCAGCGUAGCGACUAUCAUCCUCCUCUUCCUAAUUCCCUGUCGAGAGUCCGAGAGACCAAUGUGUACAUACUUCCAGAGUGCAAUUCAGGUUUGGAAAAUCAAAAGUUAAGUUAAGAGAGAUUCCUCCACAGCACGACUUAAAACAAUGACCGGCUCUUCAACCCUCCUCCGCCCCGCCAUUCUCAUCAUCUCCGACACAGCUGCCGCGGACCCAUCCACAGACAGAGCGUUUCCCAUACUAAAGGAAACGUUUGCCCAAGAAGGGGACGGGAAAUGGGCCGAACCGAUCGUCGAGAUAGUCCGAGACGAUGUGCUUGAGAUCCAGCGCGUGGUGCGGUCUUGGACGGACCGGGAGCACAGCGAAAGUGAUGACCGCUCUCGCUCUCCCUGGAUCAAUCUGGUUGUCACGACUGGAGGGACAGGAUUCGCCCGAAGGGAUAACACGCCAGAAGCCAUUUCGCCCUUGAUCCACCGACAUGCUUCGGGCAUUGUGCAUGGCAUGCUCGCCGCUUCUUUCCAAGUCACACCAUUUGCUAUGAUGUCUAGGCCUGUGGCGGGGGUGCGGAAUAGGUCUGUCAUCAUUACGCUGCCGGGGUCGCCGAAGGGUGCGAAAGAGAAUCUGCAGGCUGUGUUGAAGUUGUUGCCUCAUGCUUGUAUGCAGGCUGCUGGGGAGGAUUCGAGAGCCGCGCAUGUGGGGGGUGUUGAGAAGCUGGAGAGGGAGGCUGGUGUUGCUGGCUCUACGAGUGCAUCUACGUCUGCCCCUUCUGGUAAUGUGACGGCGAAUGUACACAAUCAUGACCACACCUAUUCCUCGCAUCACCAUCACGACCACAGCCAUGGCCAUGGUCACAAAGUCCCCAGAGCACACACUGCCCCUUCAGAACGGCUGCCGCGAUCAAACGACCCGCGACUCGGGGCCACGGCACGCGCCCGCUCGUCGCCGUACCCGAUGCUCAGCGUUUCCGAGGCGGUCGCCAAAAUCAUUGAGAAAACUCCCAAACCUACGCCUGAACUACGCGAUCUCAGCCCCGACUUGACGGGGUGCAUUGUUUCCGAAGACAUCCGUGCUGCCGAAGCAGUACCGGCAUAUCGAGCUAGCAUUGUCGACGGAUAUGCAGUGAUAGUACCUGAGAAGAAUCAAGAACACGCUGGUGCUGGAACUCAAGCCAACACCACUACUAGUAUCAAAGGUAUAUUCCCCGUCGCAUCCGUGUCGCACGCACAAGCGGCAUCACUUCCACCACCGCUCCAACCGGGCGAGAUUGCACGAAUCACUACGGGCGCGCCGCUGCCCGCCAACGCCAACGCCGUGGUGAUGGUGGAAGACACGAGGAUUGCCAGCGUGACGCCGGACGGCACGGAAGAAGCAACCGUGGAGAUCCUGACAGAUGAAAUUGUGGCGGGCGAAAACAUCCGCGAACCAGGCAGCGAUAUUUCCCUAGGCGAAUUGAUCCUGAAGCGCGGGACGCAAAUCAGUCCUCUGGGCGGGGAAAUCGGCCUUCUCGCGGCAGCCGGGAUCCGCCGAGUGCCUGUCCACCGCAAACCACGGGUUGGAGUCAUGUCUACGGGGGACGAAGUCACGGACAUCACUGAUAAGUCCGGGCCCUUGACGGGCGGCAUGAUCCGCGACUCGAACCGGCCUUCGCUGCUCACAUUGCUUCGGGGCUGGCGGCUGUGUGAAGAAGUGGUCGAUCUCGGCAUUGCCCGCGACACGCCGGCCACCGAACUCGAGGAGAAAUUGCGCUCUGCGUACCGGCUGCAUGACUUGGAUGUCGUGCUCACCACCGGCGGCGUCAGCAUGGGCGAGCUCGAUCUGUUGAAACCGACGGUCGAGCGUGCCCUGGGCGGCACCGUCCAGUUCGGCAGAGUUAGUAUGAAGCCGGGCAAGCCGACUACGUUUGCUACGAUUCCGUAUUUCAAGGAUAACAACAGUGGGGAUAGACAAGGACAAAAUGAGAAACUGUUGUUUGGCUUGCCUGGAAACCCGGCCAGUGCGCUCGUGACGGCGAAUUUGUUCGUGUUGCCGUGUUUGCAGAAGCUGGUUGGGUUAGUCCAAGAAGCAGGAGGAGAGGGGAGUGGAAAUGGGAAUGGAAAUGCGCCGGUCGGAUUACAACGUGUCAAGGUCAAAUUGUCCAGCCGGAUCCGGUGCGACAAGUCCCGCGUCGAGUACCACCGCGUUGUGGUUUCAGUUGAUCCCGCGGAUCCCAAACUACUUGUCGCGAGAAGUACCGGGUUUCAACGGAGCAGUCGCGUGGGCAGUCUUGCAACUGCCAACGCCUUGCUUGAACUGCCGCAGCGGGAAGGGUGGUUGGAGGCCGGGGACGAGUGUGAGGCGUUGAUGAUGGGCAUGUUGGUCGGGUAUGCUUAGAGGAUUGGGAUUGUGGAUGAGUUGAUUGUUCGACUGGAUUGGGUUGAUGUUGGUGAGGUUGCGGGCAGAAGGUGAAUACAAUUAUACCUCAGGUACUACAUCACCGAGAUUGACUACCUAGUAUUUUUCACCCGGGUUAGGAUCCGCUUGAGUUCAAAAUGUUUCAGUACAGGCGAGUUGACUUACAAUGUAUAAAAGGCAUUUCUGUGUCCAAUUAGAC